CAAUGUGUGUAUGUCUACUUACUGGUAGCCGAUUCUGCUGAUAAGAAGAUUUCAUUUGCCAUACCAAAUUUUAAUAGAUUCAGUACAGAAAUGGAACCGCUUCUAGUCACUUUGGCGCUGCUCGCUGCUGUAAUCGCACUGGUCUACAAAUAUUUGACCUGGCAUCAUGGUGUGUUUAAGCAAUUGGGCUUGGCUGGUCCGAAGCCGAAUAUAUUUUUGGGGAAUUUUCCAAGUGCGAUAACCGGCAAGCAACCACUUGUCUAUGACGUGGAUGAGAUUUAUAGCAAGUACAAAAAGACACAUCGUGUCAUUGGCGUCUUCUUGACGCGAAAUCCACAAAUUCUAAUUCUUGACCCAGAACUGGCUCAAGACGUUUUGGUGAAGAACUUUAGCAAGUUUCGCGGCAAUGUAGCGGCUAAUUGGAUUUAUGACAGAAAAGCAGACAAGCUAGCUGCGCAAAGUCCGUUCUUUACGAGCGAUGAUUCAUGGAAAACGAAGCGUGCCGAAGUUGUUACAGGAUUAAGCCAAAAUAAGCUUAAUUCGGCAUUUCCAAUUCUAAAAGGCUGUGCAGCGAAACUAUCUAAAUAUCUUGAAGCAAGAACUGAUCAGGGCAAUGCAGUCAUUGAAACCAAAAAUCUCGGCUUCUGCUUUACCUCGAACGUUUUGGGCGAAUUCCUCUGGGGCAUUGAGACGAAUACGCUUGCUAAACCAGAUGAACCGAAUAUUUAUCUUCAAACGCAAACCAAAUGGUUGCAAUUCAUUUUCAAUUCAAUGAACACUUAUUUUAAGUUAUUACCGUUACCUUGGCUCCGACCUUUCGCACAAAAGCGUUUGUUCUCGGAUGAAACCAAUCGAUUCUUCUCGCAGCUUACCAAGGAUGCGCUCGAGCUGCGAGCCAAAGAUGUAAAUAGUCAGAGCAGAGUUGAUUUCCUAAACCAUCUGCGGCAGCUGCAAGAAAAGAAGGGUCUAACACAUGACGAUAUGGUCGGCCAUAUAUUGACCACAAUGCUGGAUGGUUUCGAAACAUCGGCAACAGCGCUCUUCCACACACUCUUCUAUUUAGCGCAUCAUCCGGAGUAUCAGGAUAAGUUACGCGCUGAAAUAUUGGAGAAUCUCGAAGAGGAUGGUUUUGUUAGCUAUCAAAAACUGUGUAACCUUCCCUAUUUGGAUCAAUGUGUUAACGAAACCAUACGCCUUAUCACGGUCGUCUCCUUUUACGCCCGCAUCUGUACCGAACCCACGGAACUUGAUGUCGGCGAUGGCCAUAUAAUACCAAUACGUGUUGGCGAUGUGGUCAGUGUGCCCAUAUUUAGUUAUCACCAUAAUCCCGAUUACUUUCCGAAGCCAUUUGAAUUUUAUCCGGAGCGUUUCAACAACGGUGAACAUCUGGACUUAAUGAAAAGAGGCAUAUUCAUGCCAUUCGGUUGUGGACCGCGCAUAUGUGCGGGCAUGCAUUUUGCUAUGGUGGAGGUCAAAACAUGUCUCGUGGAAAUAUUCAAGUCUUAUCGCGUCAAAUGCUGUGCAAAAACUGUGCCUGAAACGCUACCCGCGUCACCUACCUUUAUAAUGGGAGUUGAUGGGGAGUUUUGGUUAGAGUAUGAGAAGCUAUAGGCAGUGAGAAAGGUGUUACUGUAAAUUUACAUUUAAGUAUAUACUUUUUACUUCUAAUAUUAAUAAUAACAAAUGAUUUUGAAAAAUAAGUUUUCUAAAAAAUAAAUUUCGAAUUUUUAAUUCUCAAACUACCAAAAAUAA